GUCACAGGACGUCUUAGUGCCCACGUUGGCGUGACGUCACGGCAGGUAUAUAAAUGGGUGCAUCAGGGGUCAGGACUGUACUCAGCUGCGCUAACUCCGUACUGUUAGACGCGGUCACUCCUUCCUCCCGCUCAUACCACCAAACAUAGAUCAACAUGCGUGAGUGCAUCUCCAUCCAUGUGGGUCAGGCUGGUUGCCAGAUGGGCAAUGCGUGCUGGGAGCUUUACUGCCUCGAGCACGGUAUUGCCCCCGACGGCUCCAUACCCUCCGAUAAGGCCCUCGGCAGUAGCGAUGACUCCUUCACCACCUUCUUCAGCGAGACCGGCGCUGGCAAGCACGUCCCCAGAGCAGUCUUCGUCGAUCUGGAACCCUCAGUAGUCGAUGAGGUUCGCACCGGCACCUACCGCCAGCUGUUCCACCCAGAGCAACUCAUCAGCGGCAAAGAAGACGCCGCCAACAACUAUGCCAGAGGACACUACACUAUCGGAAAAGAGAUCGUCGACCUUGUACUGGACCGCGUCAGGAAGUUAGCCGACAGUUGCACCGGUCUCCAAGGAUUUCUCGUUUUCCACUCCUUCGGUGGCGGCACCGGCUCCGGCUUCACCUCUCUGCUGAUGGAACGACUCUCCGUCGACUACGGCAAGAAGAGCAAGCUGGAGUUCGCCAUCUAUCCCGCCCCUCAAGUUGCUACCGCCGUUGUUGAACCCUACAACUCCAUCCUGACAACCCACACUACACUCGAGCACUCCGACUGCGCCUUCAUGGUUGACAACGAGGCCAUCUACGACAUCUGCCGCAGGAACCUGGACAUCGAACGACCCUCCUACGCUAACCUGAAUCGUCUAAUUGGCCAAAUUGUAUCAUCCAUCACUGCUUCUCUCAGGUUCGACGGAGCUCUCAAUGUUGACCUGACAGAAUUCCAGACUAACUUGGUGCCCUACCCCAGGAUUCACUUCCCUCUAGUCACCUACGCUCCUGUCAUCUCCGCCGAAAAAGCCUACCAUGAGCAGAUCACCGUUGGGGAAAUCACCAACGCCUGCUUCGAACCUGCAAACCAGAUGGUGAAAUGUGACCCACGUCACGGCAAGUACAUGGCUUGUUGCCUCUUGUACAGGGGAGAUGUGGUGCCCAAGGAUGUCAACGCUGCCAUUGCUUCCAUCAAGACGAAACGAUCCAUCCAGUUCGUGGACUGGUGUCCUACAGGCUUCAAGGUGGGCAUUAACUAUCAGCCCCCCACUGUUGUGCCCAACGGUGAUCUUGCUAAGGUGUCACGAGCCGUCUGCAUGUUGUCCAACACAACAGCCAUUGCCGAGGCCUGGGCUCGUCUCGACCACAAGUUCGACUUGAUGUACGCCAAGAGAGCCUUCGUCCACUGGUAUGUGGGUGAGGGUAUGGAGGAGGGAGAGUUCUCCGAGGCCAGAGAAGACCUGGCAGCUCUCGAGAAGGACUACGAAGAGGUCGGCCUCGACACUGUAGGUGACGAGGAUGAGCAAGGGGAAGACUACUAGGUCCUCCGUCAUGUUAGCAAACUUCAGCGCCAGCGGACGCAACAUCUCCGCUCAGUCAUUGGUUCAAGCUUUACCAUAUCUUUAGACCCUACAAAAGAUAACAUUUGGAAUGAGUAAAAAAAUAAAAAAAUAUUUUUGGUAUCAA